AUGAAUGAAGAAUUGAUCAACAGUGCGGUCAGUUUCUUAAAGGAUGGCUCUGUUGCUGGAUCACCUCUCAAUAAGAAGGUUGAGUUUUUGGAAUCCAAGGGAUUGAAUCAGCAGGAAAUAGAGGAAGCGUUGAAGAGAGCAAAUGAUGGUUAUUCAAGUGUUGGUUCUUCUUCUUCUUCUUCUUCUUCUUCUUCGACUACCUCUUCUGCACCUAUGGCAUCUGGACCUCCAUUGGACUACUAUUCUGCCGUUGCCCCAGCAGUCCCCGAAAGACUGUGGAAGGAUUAUUUUAUCAUGGCGACGGCUACUGCGGGGGUGACCUAUGGACUUUACCAAGUUGUAACCCGGUAUUUGAUACCUAGCAUUAUUCCUCCUUCACAGGCCACCAUUGACGAAGAUCGUGAACGAAUUGAUGAAGAGUUUGUUAAGAUCGAUAAGGUGUUGGAACAAAUGUCUAAAGAACAAGAAGAAAUCAAGAGUUCUAAUGAUGAUAAGUUGAAGGAAAUCGAUAUUGUAAUCAAUAAUGUCAAUGAUUUUUUAACUAAGUAUAAUAAGGAUAAACUUAAGUUUGAUGAUGAUUUACGGUUAAUGAAGUUAGAAGUUGAUAAUUUGCUGAAUAGUGUGGAGAAGAACAUGAGUGCCAUCAAAGACAAUGUAAAGGAUGAAUUACUGGUGAUAAUUGAAGAACUACAAUCUUUAAAGCUGCUUAUUGCAGCUCGUUCAUCUUCCAAAUCAACUACUGAAUCUUCUGGUAUGCGUAUUGCACCCGUGUCUUCAAUUCCUUCUGCUUCCGAAAUUCUCAAUAGGGCUAAGGCUAAGGCUGCAAAGGAAAAUAAUACUCCUGCUGCUCCAGAUGCUGCUUCUCCUACAUCCACACCUGCUUCUGUCAGUGCUGCUGCUACACCAAGUCCUGUAAACAGUUAUAACACUGGAACAGGAAGCAUCAACAACACAGAUAGCAUUUCAUCUACAACAACUUCUCCUUCUGUUCCUGAAGUUGCUGAAAAGCGUACUCAACCUACAACAGUCAGUGGUGUUACGGCUGGAGGUAUUCCAGAAUGGCAAAUGAAGCAUAAGCAAAGUGAAGAAGAAGUCCCAACUCAACUGUCACUGUGGCAGAGUCCAGAAGACCCAAAGGUUUCCCAAGAAAAGGUCGAUGAUGCAGUGAAGAAAAUAGGUGUUCCUGCAUGGCAACUCAGUGCUUCGUGA